GCCCGGCAGAGCAUAUCCCAUGCAGGUAGUGUAAAAACACAAUCAAUUGAGAGAUUUCACCAUAAGAACAAAUUCCAGAGACGAGAGAGAGACCAAGAGCUACUCCCAAAAAAUCCGGAAAAUUCACAAAUUUCAGGAUAACUUGAAAUACAACAAUCAUCACUAUGUCUGAACGCAAAGCAGUAGUCAAGAAUGCCGACAUGGCCGAAGAUAUCCAGCAAGACGCCAUUGAGUGCGCAACCCAAGCCAUGGAGAAGUUCAACGUGGAAAAGGACAUUGCCGCCUACAUCAAGAAGGAGUUUGACCGGAAGUACAACCCCACCUGGCAUUGCAUCGUGGGUAGAAACUUUGGCAGCUACGUCACUCACGAAACCAAGCACUUCAUCUACUUUUACCUUGGCCAGGUUGCCGUGUUGUUGUUCAAGUCUGGAUAGAUGCAGCUCUACAAAAACCAUGCUAAUCUUGUGACAAUGUAAAUAGCUUAAAACUGGAAAGUCCUGACUUCUCAGCAUCGAUGAUGGCGCACUUCCGAACCCGAUGUCUAUCACCACGCAUGAGCCAGCACCCAUUGGCAUCUGCCCCAGACUAUCGUACAUGCAGACACAUAGCGCUAUAUGCAGUUGUUUGUACAAAAGCUAUAUGAACCCAAACAAUACUAAAUAACUUGAAGUACUAUUACGCCUAGACAUGUUUCCCUUUGUAAUUAUUGGUCGAUGCCUUUAGCUAAGUUCUUUACAAAAAGAAACGUAAGCAAAUAUUGUUCCCUUUGUGCUGCUGAGUAAUGUACUAGACCAUUUCGAAAAUUCAUUAACCAUGAAAAAUAAUCACAUGGUUAUCUGAUUACCAGCAAAACUUUUGCCGAGUUCACAUUUAUCUUCUAAGUAUCAUUGCUUAAAUAUAAAGCUCUCCGAGAACACACAAAAUAAAAUGUCAUCCAGAACAACUGGCUAACAAAGUGAUAUUAUUUUUUAGAGCGAAAAGGAAGGUAGAUAUUAAAAAAAGGAUAAGUUUUUUAACAUAAAGUAUAACAA